AUGACAUUUUUGUUGAAUAAGAAGAAAGCAUUAGAAACCGUAGAAGAACAUGCAAAUGCAAAAAAUAAUGAAUGGUGGAGGAUGAAUGAAAUAUUCAGAAGAUGGAAAUAUGGCAAGGACAUUUGUGCUGAAGGAAGAAGUAACAGUAAUUCUGAGGAAGCAUACCGCGGUGUGCUAGGUUGGGAGCAAAGGGACAAAUAA